AUGGAGCAAUGGGAAAGACGUACCUGUGGAUCACUAUGUGUAGCAUUAAGGCGUAAAGAGAAAAUUGUUUUGCCAGUUGCAUCAAGUGGAAUCACCUAUUUGUUGCUUCCAUGUGGGAGAACUGCGCAUUCUAGAUUUGGUCCACCGCUAAAUGUUGAUGAGAACUCAACAUGUCAUGGCAUUAAGGCUGGAUCAGACUUGAAAAAUUUACAUAUGAAGACAAAGCUUAUCAUUUGGGAUGAAGCUCCCAUGAUACAUAAAUAUUACUUUGUAACUCUUGAUAGAAGCUUAAAGGAUGUUAUGCAAUCAAUAAAUCCAGGAAAUCAUCAUAUCCCAUUUGGUGGUAAGGUAGUUGUGUUUGCUGGUGACUUAAGAAAAAUAUUGCUUGUUGUUCCCAUAGGUAGCAGGCAAGAUAUUGUCUUUUUAGCAAUCAAUAGUUCUUAUUUAUGGAACUUUUGUCGUGUGCUUAGAUUGACACAAAGCACACGUCUUAGAAUAGGACCCGAUAAGUCAAAUCUGGAAGAAGUUAGGGAGUUCUCUAAGUGGAUUCUGAACAUCGGAGAUGACAAAGUUGGUGAAUCGAAUGAUGGUGAAGCAAAUAUAGAAAUUUCUCAUGAAGCAUUGAUAUAUGGAGGAGAUGACCCUAUUUCUCCAAUAGUCGAUAACACAUACCUAAUCUAG